AAUUAAUAAAAACCACACGUUUAAGUGAUUAAUUAUUUUAACAAUUUUUAGAUGUUUUAUUUGUAAAAAACAAUCCAUGACUUAAAGUAUAACAUAAAAACAAUGUGUUAAAUAUAUACAAUAGUGUAUAAAAGUAUGGAUACCAAAAAGCCCGAUGUGAAACAUAUCGCUGAUAUAGUGGGUGAAUGGGGUAAAUGGCAGUUCGUAUUCUGCACCUACUGUUUCCUGUUGUGGGGAUCCGCGGCCUUCAUUAACAUGGGAUAUGCAUUUCACGCUAAAAGUGUGGACUUCUGGUGCGCCGACACACCAACUAAUUUUACUUUACAACAUUUAAGCGAUUCCGCGAAAUGCCAUAAAUAUAAUAAUCCAAACGAAAGCUGCACUCAUUGGGAGUAUAAUAGGACUCAGUUUAGAAAAACAAUCAUUACUGAAUUUGAUUUAGUGUGCGAUCGAGCAAACUAUGCCUCAUUA